UUGUAUGCAUUGCUUGAUAUCAAAACAAAAAAAAAGCUGUCAUUUGGACGACGGCCAGAAGAACAAUGAAGAGACAUUGUGUGUUCGUUGCCAUUCUUGUGCUAAUAUUUCAUCUUGUUCAAUCUCAAAAUCAAACCGGAUUCAUCAGUGUAGAUUGCGGUUUAUCCCCUACCGAGUCACCAUACAAUGCACCUCAAACAGGUUUAACAUAUACAUCAGAUGCCGGUUUAAUAAACAGUGGGAAGACUGGUAGAAUCGCCAAUGAAUUGGAACCAUUCGUCGAUAAGCCGGCUUUGACAAUGAGAUACUUUCCAGACGGAGUACGAAACUGCUACAAUCUAAAUGUCACCCGUGACACCAAUUAUCUGAUCAAGGCCACAUUCGUUUAUGGAAAUUAUGAUGGUCUUAAUGUCGACCCGAACUUCGACGUUUACUUUGGUCCAAAUCUAUGGACAACGGUGAGUAGUAAUGACACGACAGAGGAGAUCAUCCAUGUGACAAAAUUCAAUUCUUUGCAGAUCUGUCUUGUUAAGACAGGAAUAAGUAUACCUUUUAUAAAUGUUUUGGAGAUACGACCAUUGAAGAAAAAUGUGUACGCUACUCAAAGCGGUUCACUGAAGUACUUAUUCAGGGUGUAUAUGAGCAAUUCAAGUCGUCGUAUAAGGUUCCCGGAUGAUGUCUAUGAUCGGAAAUGGUACCCGGUCUUCCAGAACUCAUGGACGCAAGUAACUACGAAUCUCAAUCUAAAUAUUAGCACUAUUUAUUAUGAACUACCACAAGGUGUAAUGGCAACAGCCGCAACGCCGCUAAACACUAAUGCGACCUUGAACAUUAAAUGGACAAUAGAGCCUCCUACUACACCAUUUUACUCCUACAUUCACUUUGCAGAGCUUCAAUCUCUAAGGGCAAAUGAUACACGAGAAUUCAAUGUGACGUUGAAUGGAGAAUAUACAUUUGGACCUUAUAGUCCUAAACCGCUAAAAACCGAAACCUUACAAGACUUAAGCCCUGAGCAAUGUACUGGAGGGGCAUGUAUUUUGCAGCUCGUGAAGACGCUGAAAUCAACUCUUCCGCCUCUACUUAAUGCUAUUGAGGCUUUCACUGUGAUUGAUUUCCCGCAAAUGGAGACAAAUGAAGAUGAUGUUACUGGUAUCAACAAUGUUCAAAACACUUAUGGAUUGAAUAGAAUCAGUUGGCAAGGAGAUCCAUGUGUCCCCAAACAGUUUUUGUGGGAUGGUCUAAAUUGCAACAACUCAGAUAUUGCUACACCACCAAUAAUCACUUCCUUAGACUUAUCUUCAAGUGGUUUAACUGGGGUCAUCACACAAGGCUUUAAAAAUCUAACCCAUCUUCAAUACCUGGACUUGUCUGAUAACAAUUUAACUGGAGAAAUACCUAAAUUUCUAGCUGACAUCCAAUCACUCUUGGUUAUAAACUUAAGUGGUAAUAAUCUCACUGGCUCGGUUCCUUUCUCACUUCUUCAGAAGAAAGGAUUGAAACUAAAUGUCCAAGGCAAUCCUCAUCUCCUUUGCACAGAUGGUUUAUGUGCAAACAAAGGAGAUGAACAUAAGAAAAAGAGCAUCACAGUACCACUUGUCGCAUCGAUUGCUUCAAUAGCUGGUCUUAUAUGUGCAUUGGUUCUUCUUUUUAUUCUCAAAAAGAAAACGCCAUUAAAAUUUGAAGCUUUAGAUCGUAGAUCCCCUAGAUCAGCUGAGCCAGCAAUAUUGACGAAGAAUAAACGGUUUACUUAUUCAGAAGUUAUGAUAAUGACAAAUAACUUCCAAAGAGUCCUUGGGAAAGGAGGGUUUGGAAUUGUUUAUCAUGGUUUUGUAAAUGGUACUGAACAAGUAGCUGUUAAGAUACUCUCCCAUUCUUCAUCUCAAGGAUAUAAACAAUUCAAAGCUGAGGUAGAACUUCUUCUUAGAGUUCAUCACAAGAAUUUGGUUGGUCUCGUUGGGUAUUGCGACGAAGGAGAGAACAUGGCUCUUAUCUACGAAUACAUGGCCAAUGGAGAUUUAAAAGAACACAUGUCAGGAACACGUAACCACUUCAUUUCAAAUUGGGGAACUAGACUAAAAAUAGUCGUUGAAUCUGCCCAAGGACUUGAGUAUUUGCAUAAUGGAUGCAAACCACCAAUGGUUCAUAGAGACGUCAAAACAACAAAUAUAUUGUUGAAUGAACAAUUUGAUGCCAAACUUGCUGAUUUUGGGCUCUCGAGAUCAUUCCCGAUUGAAGGUGAAACUCAUGUGUCAACAGCUGUUGCUGGAACUCCUGGAUAUCUCGAUCCCGAAUACUACAGAACAAAUUGGUUGACAGAAAAGAGUGAUGUUUAUAGUUUUGGGGUCGUAUUGUUAGAGAUUAUCACAAACCAACCUGUGAUCGACCAGAGACGUGAAAAGCCACAUAUAGCAGAAUGGGUUGGGAAAAUGCUAACAAAAGGAGACAUAAAAAAAAUUAUUGAUCCAAGUCUAAAUGGAGAUUAUGAUUCCACUUCUGUUUGGAAAGCUGUUGAGCUAGCAAUGUGUUGUCUUAAUCCUUCUUCAGCUAGAAGACCGACCAUGUCUCAAGUUGUUAUUGAAUUAAACGAGUGUUUGGCAUCUGAAAAUUCAAGGGGAGGAGUGAGUCGAGACAUGGACUCGGAAAGUUCUAUAGAAGUAAGCUUGACCUUUGGUACCGAAGUGAACCCAAUGGCUCGGUAGUUUCAUGAAUAAUUCUCCUGUAAUAUCAUCACAUGAAUUUUGUUUAAUCUGUUUCUUUUAUGUAAUCAAAUAUGUGUCUCUAAUGUAUCGGUCACAUUUAUUAAUGAGCUAUAAACUUCUUUAUUGAUACA